GUCACAAAUUCAACUCGCUUCGUGACUCACACAAACACACGAUGCGAACAAGAACUUCACUCUCUUCCUGUUUUCUUCGUCUCCAACACUUCUCUUCAACAAUCUCUAACACCAUUAACAACAACAACCCUACAACCAGAACCCACCUCUUGAACUCCAUCAGAACCCUCCCAAACCUCACCACCGCCGUCACAUUCUUCCACCAAAUGCUCUCAAUGAAACCCUCCCCUCACAUCAAAGACUUCAAUUUCCUAUUCACCUUCAUCACCAAAACCAAAAACUACACAACAACCAUUUCCCUUAUCAAACAAGCUCACUCCUUUGGUGUUACCCCAGACACAUACACUCUCAACAUCCUCAUCAACUCUCUCUGCCAUUUGGGUCACACUUCCUUCGCCUUCUCCGUUUUCGGCCUAAUGCUCAAAACAGGCCUAAACCCCACUAUCGUAACCCUCAACACCAUUGUUAACGGGCUUUGUGUAGAAGGAAAACUGACACAAGCUUUGAAUUUUACCCGCCACAUGGAGAAUGCGGGUUAUCAACCUAAUGGAUACACUUUUGGAGCGUUGGUUAAUGGUUUGUGUAAAAUCGGAGACAUGGGUAAUGCUGUUGUUUGUCUUAGGAAUAUGAUUGAGAGAAACUUUGAACCGAAUGUUGUUGUUUAUAAUGCUAUCGUGGAUGGUUUUUGCAAAGGAGGGUUUGUUUCAGAGGCUUUGGAUUUGUUCAGAGAAAUGAAUGAAAAAGGUGUAAACCCUAGUUUGGUUACUUAUAAUUGUUUAAUUCAAGGGCUUUGUUGGAAUUUUCGAUGGAAAGAUGUUUAUUUUUUGUUGAAUGAGAUGAUGGAGAAGGGGAUAAUGCCUGAUGUUCAAACUUUUACUAUUUUGGUGGAUGGUUUUUGUAAAGAAGGGUUGAUUUUGGAGGCUAAGAGUGUGAUCUGUUUCAUGGUGCAAAUGGGGGAGGAGCCUAAUGUUGUGACUUAUAACUCGUUGAUUGGUGGUUAUUGUUUGAUGAAUCGAAUGGAUGAAGCUAUGAAGGUUUUUGAUUUGAUGGUUUUGAGGAAGUGUUUGCCUAGUAUUGUGACUUAUAAUUCAUUGAUUCAUGGUUGGUGUAAGGUCAAAGAUGUUGAUAAAGCUAUGUGUUUGUUGAGUGAGAUGGUUAGUGAAGGUUUCUGUCCUGAUGUUGUGACAUGGACAACGCUUGUUGGGGGGUUUUGUGAAGUUGGUAAACCUCUGGCUGCGAAAGAGUUGUUCUUUACGAUGAAGGAAUAUGGUUUGGUUCCUAAUCUCUUGACUUGUGCUGUUGUAUUGGAUGGUUUGAUUAAGUGUUAUUUUCGUUUUGAGGCGAUGUUGUUGUUUAGAGUUAUGGAGGAGAGUGAUUUAGAUCUUGAUAUUGUCAUUUAUAAUGUUAUGAUUGAUGGUUUAUGUAAAGAUGGAAAGUUGAGUGAUGCAAAGAAGAUUCUUGCGCGGCUUUUGGUUAAAGGGUUGAGAUUCGAUUCGUAUACUUAUAAUAUAAUGAUUGGAGGUUUGUGUAGAGAAGGGUUGUUGGAUGAUGCUGAAGACUUGCUGAGGAAAAUGGAAGAGAAUGGAUGUUCACCUAAUGCAUGCUCUUAUAAUGUGUUUGUUCAGGGAUUGCUGCGAAAAAGUGAUUUUUUAAGGUCAAGUAAGUACCUUCAAAUAAUGAAAGGCAAAGGAUUUGCAGUGGAUGCUACUACCACGGAGUUGCUUAUAGGCUUUUAUUCUGCUGAUAAAGAAAGUAAUGCAUUUUGAGAGUUGAUGCAGAACCUAUUUGAUCAGAUGCUAUGCUAUAAAGGAAUAGGGCAAGCAUGAUAUGAUGUUUAUACAUGAAGAUCCAAUCUGGGUUAUGAUAAUGAUGAGAUUCUAAACUGUAACUGAUCAAAGAGUUCAGAGCUGGCUAUUCUGGCCAAGAGAUUAGCACAAUUCAAUGCAAACAAAAAGAAGUCAUUGCUGUGCUAAAUUGCAAUUGCAUGUUUAUGGGAGAGAUGCAAUUGUAUGUCUGAUGUUCAUACAAGUGAAGCUCUCACAGAAAUUGAAAAAUUGUGAAAGAGAGAAACACGGAAUGACUGAAAGAGAGAAAUAAACCGAUUCAACUAGUCAGAUUUGAUUUCAAAUGCAUGAUUUUACAGGCUCAUAGAUAAACUCAAGCUGAUCAAGGAAGCAAAAUGGCUCUCAUGUUAUGAAAGAACACAGAUAGCUCAUACUUAACUAUUUACAACAAUUAAGUUCAAUGUUGAUGUCCUUGGAGCAGCUGAAUAAUUGUUGGUGGGUUUUGUGAAGUUGGUAAACCUUUGGCUGCUAAAGAGUUGUUCUUUACUAUGAGGGAAUAUGAUUUGGUUCCUAAUCUCUUGACCUGUGCUCUGUUGUACUUGUAUUGGAUGGGUUGGCUAGUUUUUGAAUAAUUGUAACGUUUUGGGGUAAAAUACAGGUAUAUUUCUUCAGAUUGUGGAGCACUUGGGAUCAUUCAUGACGAGCAAGGGUUUGCAAAAUCAGCACAGGAUGUUGUAACCGAAGUUACGCAAGCAGGUUUGCAUCGCGUUGAAUAUCAUUUGCAUCAUAAUUAUAAAUUUAUAAUAGGGAUAUUCACAUGUUUUUGGCCCACCAGUUGUACUAUGCUACUAGUACUAGCCAUUUGUCUCUCAGUGUACACCAACACUCUGUUCAAUUCUGUUUUCUAUGCUCAUGGGAUGGAUUUGGAAUGGAGAACUUAUUUGACAGACCAUACAUAAUCGGCAGUGCAGCAUAAAAAUUACCUAUUAAACAAAUCGACAGAGCCCUUCAUAAUUUAUUUUCAAUUAGAAUAAGGCUAUGCCUAUUUAAUAGAAAUCCAACCAAGCUUCCAUUUGAUAUGAUUUUCCCCAACCGUGCUUGUUCCUUUUAAAGUAGACUGCUUCACUUCUUCCACUUCCAAAAACAAGUAGUAUUUCCUUACCAAUGAUAGGUCAUAAUGUCAAUGCUUCUCUUUUAACUCUUCUAGAAAACUAUGCUAGUCCUCUUUGUAAAUACAUUACUACAAUACUACGUUAAGAACAAUGUUGCUGAGGAUACCACAUCAAAAGCCAGUGCUGUAAAUUCUAAAGACAGAACAAGCAUACACAUAUCAGCAAGCAAUGAAUGGAAUUAGGAAGGUAUUAAUCAACACAAAAGAAAGCAUUUCUCAUGAGAAGCCGACCACUUUACUUGAGGCAGCAAAGCAGCGGGAACUUGGUGGAACAUUGCAAAAUGAACCAGGCAUAAAUGUUAAGAAACUGAUGUCAAAUUCAGUAGAACUCAAAGAAAAUACAUGGCAAGAAGUUCGCAGAGAAGUUUGCAGAGCUGACAGGCAGUGAUAUUUUCAAGGGAAAUGUUACUCCCAAAUCAGAGGAAAAACCACUAAGCAUGGUGGCAAAUCUUAGAGAAAUAGCUGGCAGUUGAUUUAUUUGCCGUGUGCAUUUUAUCCAUAUGUAAUUGACUUAUUUUUGAAAAAUUGUGAAAGAGAGAAACAAACAUAUUCAACUAGUCAGAUAUGAUUUCAACAUCCACCAACAGUUGUUUUGGCUUUCACUUUGAAGAUUUCGUUUAUGGUGCAGUCUUAACUUUAUACCUUCCUAUUUUAAUUAAGGUUUUAUGGCUUUUCAUAUCUCUUCCAUUUCAGCUUUCACAAAUUAUAGAUAUGUUAUAACAGCAAAAAAGUUAGCAUGAUA